CAGCAACAGCCAAAAUAAGAUUCUUCCGGCCCUUUGUUUGCGUUUCACCCGUUUCACGAAAUAAUCACACAGUUCAAGGCCACUGGAGGUGGCACAGAUAUCGAAUGGUUUCAAUUUAUUAGGGAUUUAGGGAAUAUCUGCAACGCACACACAUUACACAAUGGAGAAGAGUUUCAACGAGCGAGGUCUCCGAAUGUAUUUUGUUCGUCAGUCAAAGAGCCCUGCACAAUGCUUCACGAAGGCCUUCCAGAGCUGUCAGGAGAAGCUGAUCAUGCCGAAAAUGGUGGACGAAUCAGAGUGCGACAAACUACAGGUGGACCGCAAAUCGGUGUUUGUUUUCGAGACCUUUCAGGGCAAAUUUUUUGAGCGGCUGCUGAAGGAGAACGCUCCAUGCGCGGUAUUGGGAGCACCGUGCAUCCUUGAGUGCCUGAGCAAGGGCGAGCCAACCCCUGAGAGCAGUUAUCCGGUCUUCUCGCUGGCAAUGCGGGGUCUCCGGGUGUGCGUCUCAGGCUUCAAAUUGUCACAAAAGGACGAGUUGGGCAGGAAAGUGCGAUUCAUGGGUGGGAUCUUUGAGAAAAAUUUAUCCACUGUCGUGACGCACCUUGUGACCCAGUCGACCAACACGGACAAGUACCAGUGCGCCAUCGAGAUCAAGAUCCCUGUCAUGUUGGAAAAUUGGGUUCAUGAAACGUGGGAGGCGAACCAGAAGAAGCACCAAUCCGCGUUGGAUGAGCCGUACAUCUCGCUCAGAUGCCCACCCUUCCAGGGGCUCACCAUCACCUCCUCGCAGUUCACCAAGGCGAAGAAGGACAAGAUCAAAUCCAUCAUCGAGCAGAACGGUGGGCAAUACUGUCCAUCAAUGACUUCCACGGACACGGACGUGCUGAUCGUGUCCACAGCCACCGGUGACAAGUACCGGGCGGCCGUGCAGUGGAAUAUCCCGUGCGUGACUGAGAACUGGAUAUCGGACUCAGCCAAGGCCGGCUACUCGCUCAACUACGCGGCCUACGAGGUGAAAGUCAAGCCGGGAACUUCAACGCCCGAGCGUAACGACGCCACACAGCUUGGGGACCUCUCCUGCGUGAGUGCCAUUGCCCAUCAGCCUCCGCAGCAGAAUAAAAUCAAUGAGACCAUGAUGUCCACUGUAUCAUGUGCGACGAACAUGUCAUUUGCUGAGCCGCGGCCCCCUGAGAGGCGAGAGCCACCCAGGACGCCGGAGAAAGAGCCGGAUGCUGCCAUGAAAAUCAUGAAGCUGCCCAUUACUGAGAUUAGAAAAGCAGGCCUCUUUCUGGAUGGCUGUAGGAUUUACGUGUCAGAGGGAAUGCCGUGCAUUCAGGACAAGUUGCGCAAGAUGCUGAAUAGCAGCGGCGCCACCCGCUUUGAUGACAUCUCUGAGGGAUUGACGCAUGUGCUGCAGGCUGGCAAAAGUUUGCGGCCUUUGGAGGCGCAUGCCCUGGCGCGGCUCAGCCGCAAGCCGCCUGUUGUGCCGCUCAGUUGGCUGUUUCGCAGUUUUGAACUGCAGCACGCUGCUGAGGCCAGUGGCGAACAGCCGGCUACCGAGCCGCCCUCGCCUCUUAGCAAGAGAGGCAUGCAGAUGUUCAAGUCGCCCCAGAAGCUGACCAUUUCUCCCAAAACCGCCAAGAACGAUCUGGCCGUGAUGCAGGAAUACCUGAAGGACAACCUGCCUCCUUCUGCUUCCCAGGCUGAACCAAGUGCUGAAAAUCAUGACAAUGAAGGAGAGGAGGAAGAAGAACUGGCGCUUCCCCUGCUGGUGUUUAGCAAGCUCAAGUUCCAGUUGAAGGGCCUGAACAAGUCCGAAAGCUCCGAGUUACGCACCACCUUGGAGUCGAUGGGCGGUUCGGUGGUGUCCAAGGACGCUGACUACAUCAUUGGUCCGUUCAAAGUGCAAGCAGCAGCGCCUAAUCAGGUGACUGAGUACUGGAUCCAAGAAUGCAGCGAGCAAGGAGAGGUCUUGCCCAUUAACUACUACCACAGGCCCAUACUCUUCAGGCCUAGGAAGCCGCUUGAUGGCACUGUCAUCACCAUCAGCACAUACACGGGCAGAGAGAGAUCUUACCUGUCAACCUUGGCCACAGAAAUGGGAGCCAAGUACCAGGAAAUAUUCGCAAAGAAAGCAACUCCAGCACGAGGUGCACUCGCGUCUACACACCUGAUUUGCCCCAGUUCUGAGGGUACCAAGUUCGUUGCGGCGUCCAAGUGGCAGUUGCCUGCCGUCACCAAGGACUGGCUGCUGCAGUGCGCUGCUUCAAACUCGCGUCUGUCAGAGGAACCUUUCCUUUUGUCUGGCCCGGCAGCUCCUUCCCCGUCAGCCUCAGUCCUCUCCACCUCUGCCACGUCAAUUCAACGAGAAGAUCAGGGAAUGGUGACACCAGUUCGUCCCCCUCCAAAAGACGGAUUCCCAACCCCUUUCACGCCUGUAACACCGUACAUGCCUUCUGAAGAGAGCUCAACAGAUGAAGUGAAGCGAAUCGCCAGACUGUCCCUGACCAGCUUCCGUAAGGCGGUGGACAGGCUGGACCCUGACUAUCUGUCCACCCCUGAGACGCCGUAUGGACAGGUGAUGAAGGAAGGCGACUCUCCCGUGUCCCCCGAGACCAGGAAGGCGUGGAAGAGAUACCUCAACUCUAUUCCUGACUCGACGCCUAAAACUACCAGCGGGGAUGCGCCAAUGGAGAAGGUGAAUAAAAGAAUGCGAAUUGAGGAGAUUGAGGAGGAGCUGGACGAACUCAACCGGAAGAGGCGAAGGGAUGUUUCCAAUGACUCGGAUAUUGAUGACGAGCUCUUGAAGAAAUACAGUUCUCAAAAAGAAACAGAAAACGGGGUCGAUCACGAGAAAGAAAACAUGCCAUCAACGUCCACCGCCGCGGUCGCCAAGGCAGAUCCAGAGCCGGUAGAAGAGCAUGAGGAGACAUUGCAGCUGGUGGAGCGGCCGCCGCCGCUGUUCAUGGUGACAGGCUUGGUUGAGCGGGACCUCGAGCACAUAUCGCUGGUGGUUACUAAGCUGGGCGGCAGCAUGUCCAAGCUGAAGAACUUCGACCCUGCCGCCACGCACUUGAUCACUUCAAACCCAAGCCGCAGCGAGAAGCUGCUGGCGGCCAUGGCCGCCGGCCUCUGGGUGGUGCACCCGCAAUUCCUGAUCCAAUCGGCUCGCAGCGGCUCCUUCCUGUCCGAGGACGACUUCGAGUGGGGCAACCCGGCGGCCGCGUCCUUCCUCGAGCCCCUCGUCGAGGACAAUCCGCUCGCCUCGGAGCUGGCCGCCGCAUGCUACCGCUGGAGACGCAAGGCCGCCGCCGGCAAAGCGGGAGCCUUUGCUUGCUUCCGCGCUGUCCUGCUCGGCGCCCCACACAAGACGGCCGCCUUCGAGCGCAUGAUCACCGCUGGUGGAGGUUCUGUCGUCCCCUACCCGAGUGAUGACUUAAAGAGCGUGACUCACUGCUUCGUAGAUAUGAACAAAGUCAACACAGACCUGAGCCCGCUGCGAGCGGCCAAAGUGCCAUGCUACAACCCCAUUUACCUAAGCGACUAUCUCAUCAAGGAGCCGCUCCCCAAUCCACAAACGCAUCGCGUCUGAACAUUUUGUUAUUAUUUGUGAAAUUUCCUUUUUUAUUCUGUCCAGCUUGUGUAAUUUUAACUGUCGCCUCCUUCCAAUUUAAGUGAAAUAUUUAAUAUAUUGAAUUGUAAAUGAGUAAUGGUUACGUUGAACACUCAAUUCAAGUGGUUUUAUUUGUUCUGGAGGGUUUCAAAUACACAAUAUUUUUAAAAAUAAAAAUCGAAUUUAAACU